AACCUUGUGUUUUGCACAUGGCUUAUCCUCUGAACAUCAAUUAAAACCAGUUAUGCUUUUGAUCUAUGUCCAAUCAAAUCGGGCAAAGCUCUGCUCAGUUAGAACUGUGCAGAUGUUGGAUGAUUAGUUUUUCGCGAUACUUCAGUGAUUAGGGAGUUUUUUUUCCCGUAGUCACUAGUUCCGUUUGCUUCUUUAAGUGGCAAUUAAGCACUUGACUCUGCCCAACAUCGCUUCAUCUAGACGCUACCAGUGGCCAAAUAUGUCGGUGAUUAGUUCUCGUUAAGAGUUUUCAGCUGUAUAUACAAUAGUUCGAAGACACACACACACAUUGAUCACUUUACAAUGGAGGAGCGAGUUUAUAGCAACGACCUCACUUAUCCCAAAGAAGCAAAAAAGUGUUUGGUAUACAGAAUUUUUGGACAAGUACCAGCCAGGCUAGUACUCUAUCUCUUAUCAUGGUCCGGUUUUCUGGUUUCUUUUAUGAUGAGAAACGACAUCAAUCUAGCUAUUGUGGCUAUGGUUGCUGAGCCACCUCAUACGGCCAAUUCCUCAGCAGAAUAUUGCUUUGUGGUCGAAGAUAACAACAACACUGCUCCAUUGGAUUAUGGCGGUACUUUGAAUUGGUCAGGCCCAGUCCAAUCCUACGUGUUAGCUUCGUUCUACUGGGCGUACAUAGUGUCCCAAAUAGUUGGUGGACUGGCCACUCAAAAACUGGGAACCAAGCGCGUGUUUGGCUAUUCUCAGCUUGCCACCGCCUUAUCCAGUCUGUGCAUUCCAAUUGCUGCGGAAAGCCAUUUCGGCUUCGUGAUCGCUUUACGAUUCGUCCAAGGAUUCGCAUCGGGGCUGACAUGGCCUGCUAUGUACGCGCUAGUGGGGCACUGGAUCCCUGUGCCAGAAAGAAGUCGAUUCAUGUCCAGUUUUCAAGGUUUUAGCAUUGGAAUAGGAGUAACUUAUCCCCUAUGCGGAUUUCUGAUCGCUCAUCUCGGCUGGAGAUCGGUGUUUUAUACUACCGGUUCCAUUGGCGUCGCAUGGUGCCUUAUUUGGUACCUGCUCGCCUUCGAUAGUCCAGAAACUCAUCCACGAAUCAGUUUAAGGGAACAAAAAUACAUUAGAGAAAAUACUGUGAAUACCUAUGAAAAUUCCAGGCAGCAGCAGGUGCCCUGGAAGUCCAUACUUACUUCGAAAGCCGCUUGGUCCAUUGGAAUCACCACCUUUGGACGAAUUUGGGUCCAUUAUACGUUCAUCAUUUCAGGACCAACUUAUAUGAAGCGAAUUUUGGGAUUUAGCAUAGAGAAGAACGGUCUACUAUCGGGGGCGCCAUUUAUCUGCAGUUACAUCGCAUCAGUGUUUUUCUGCUACAUUGCCGAUAAAUUAGUGACUGGAAACUACAUGUCUCUAACUAACGUUCGGAAACUCAUGACCGCUCUCUCUCAAGUAGUUCCUGGCGCUUUGGUCCCAUUGGUCAGCUAUUUGGGGUGUGACAUUGAACUGGUUCUGGUUGUAUGGUUUAUUGCCGUCACCAUGAUUACAGCUUCUUAUGCUGGACGACCUAUUCACUACAGAGGGGGCUUUUGUCGAUUUUAGUUCGACUUAUUCACUGCAGAGGGCGCUUUGGUCGAUGUUAGCUCGACCUAUA